AUGUCAGCCUUCUUUGUUGUCAUUGGAGCUGGAGUCGUUGGCCUCACGACAGCCCUGGAGCUUCGGCAUCGGCAUCCCUUAGCUAAGAUUAUAAUAGCAGCAAAAUAUCUGCCCGGCGAUAGCGCACCAGACUACGCAUCUGCAUGGGGAGGCGCAAACUGGUUCCCUGCUGCUACAGACAACGGCCCCCAACAAGAUUAUGAAGCAAUCACACCGGAAUGCGGCAUCAAGCCCAUGCAGAUCAAAUGGCACUAUGAGGUCCCCAUUGAGGAAGCCGGAAUAUUGACCCCAGCGACCGGGAAGCUGUGGUUCGAGGACCUGGUAGGUGGGUUAAGAAAGAUGGAGAAGAAUGAGCUACCAAAAGGAACGGCAUUUGGGUUCGAGAUGGCGAGUUUUGUGAUUGAUGUGCAGAGGUAUCUACCGUGGUUGCAAACUGAAGCUAUCCGCCUUGACAUCGAAAUACACCGACGCAUCUUCGGUUCCAUCGACAACGCAUUCAACCGUUACACUCAAGCUACCGCCUUUUUCAACUGCACUGGUCUAGGGGCAAUGACUUUGGGAGGCGUAGAAGACAAUACUAUGUAUCCUGCUCGGGGCCAAAUCCUGCUGGUAGAAGGUCCCGAGAAGCCGAUAAAAAACAUGUAUUUCCGCGCUCCUCAUCGUGCUGGUGAAGCUACGCACAUUUUCCCGAGGGGUGAGAAUGGUGGAGUCAUCUUGGGUGGAUGUCGCCAGAAGAACAACUGGAGUGGCGAGACGGAUCUUGCGUUUGCUGAGGUCAUCAAGAGGCGAUGCUGCUCACUCGCGCCGGAACUGGGGAAGCCAGAGGACUUGAAAAUUAUCAAGCAUGGAGUUGGACUUCGUCCCGCAAGAGAGAACGGGCCACGAGUGGAAUUGGAAAUGCGGGAUGGUAACGUGGUCAUUCACAAUUAUGGAGCGGGAGGAGUGGGAUUCCAGGCAUCGUGGGGUUUGGCGCGAUAUGCCGUCGAUCUACUUCCCCAAAGAGCACGAAUGUAG